AUGGCAAAAGACGGCUUUGAGUUAUAUAGAUAUACGCCAGAAAUAGGUGCGAGUAUACUUUUUACGGUACUCUUUGCAUUAGCGGGGGUAGUAUUUGUGUUUUUAUUAGUUUAUUAUUCUGUCAAAAGCAAAAGAACAGUUGCCUCUCUGGUGAAGUCACAACCCAUAUUGCGGUACUAUGGUACAGUCAAGUUGGCAGGAGCGUACAUUCCCUUCAUAUUUGGGUGUUUUGUUGAGUUUGUGGGCUUUGCCUUUAGAUGUAAGUCUAGCAAGGACACCACACUACUGAACCCCUACAUCAUUCAAACAGUUUUCUUGCUAGUUUCUCCGACAUUGUAUGCUGCUACGAUUUACAUGAUUUUUGGUAGAAUGGCCACUUUACUGUUCGCAGAAAACUUAAUGAUCAUGCCCGCCAGAUUCAAUACUACGAUAUUUGUCAUCGGGGAUGUAGGGAGCCUUCUGUUACAAGCUGCUGGUGGUGCUAUGAUGUCUAAGGUGUCAAGCGCAUCUUCUGGUUCCCAUCUCGUUACGGCUGGUUUGUUCAUUCAAAUUGCUUUUUUUGGCCUCUUCAUUAUAAAUGAGUUCUUGUUCAUUUUCAAGAUGAACAAAAAACCAACCAGUGUAUCAAUAAGAUAUGGUAGUUGGAAAGUCCUGAACGUUGCCUUAUUGGUAAACAGUUUUCUGAUUUUAAUCAGAUCGAUUGUCAGAGCUGUUGAAUUUAUACAGGGUUACGAUGGAGAAAUUGCCUCACAUGAGUGGUAUCUUUACAUUUUUGACGGUUUACCAAUGUUUCUACUUGUAUUGAUUUUUAUUGUAGCGUUCCCAUUAAUCAAUAUUUUCAGAAUUCAGGAGGAGUCUAUUAAAGCGCAACAAUCUGCAAGAUUCGAUGGUAACGUCUAUCCUGAUGUUGACAUAAUAUCCAUCGAGGAAGAUCUCGCUUCCAAAGACUAA